AGCUUUGCUAACUAAAACCCUUGCUCAACCUCUGUUUCUCUGCGUUAGCCUACCAUCUCUCUGCUCUUGCUGCCGCCGCACUUUGGCGGAAAGCUCCUCGCUUCUUCAGGCUCGCGCGUCCAUCUGUAUCCCUUUCCUUAUUUUCAGUCAUGUCGUUGCUCGAAGUCAUUGCAAAGGCCUCCGCCAAAUCUCAAACUCAACAUGUCCCAUCAGACUACCCCAUUGUUCUUGACCCAGAUUCUAUUUUUGCCAAACUGACGCCCAAACUUGAUGACCCAAAUCCCAUGUCAGUUGCAAUCCCCAUGAGCGGAUGGCAAAUUUCACAAACCGACUCUGAGAUCAUCGAGUUGGGAAAGAAAUUCUUCACCAAGCUUAAAAAGAAGCUCAAAAACCCGAAUAAUUUUGCUAAAGCCGAGUUUUUGGCAACCUUGAAUCCAUUUCUUGAGAGUAUUAGGGAAAAAGUUGGGAUUUCGAUUGGGGUUGAUUCGUCUAAUGAUGCGUAUACCCAGAUUUUGAUGAAGAAAGUUGGGUCUUUCAUGGGCAAGGACGUUGCUGGUUUGGUUUUGGAUGCCUGCGUUGGUUUGGAGAUUUGGGAAUUGGUAGGUAGUUUGAUUGCAAAUGGGCUUUUGCCAAAUGCUUGUUAUCAGAAUUUGGUUCCAAAAGUUGUGGCAAAGAGGAGGUCAGAUUUGCUGUGUCUUUGUGUUAAGCAUGCAUCGGAUCUUGGGUCAUCUGAGUUGCUCCUGAUCUUGAAGUACUUUCUUGAUCCACCUAAAGAUGGUUAUACUAGCACUGUAGAUGUGAGGAAGGAAUGGGAGAGCCAAGCCUUGUCAGCUGCUGAGAAGGCCACUGAUAAGACUCUCUCGGGGAAGAAACUAGGCAUUGCGAAAGAGGCUGCAGUUUUGCUUAUGGUGGCAUAUGAUGGGUUCUCUUCUGCAGAACUCUGCCUGCAUUAUCUCUUGGCAUCAAAGAAUCUUGAUGAAGUGAUGUUGUCGGCCGCGAUCAGUAAGUUGAGUGGUAGAGAGAUGAAGAGUUUGCUCCGGUAUCUGGGGAAGUGGCUGAAGAAGUAUGAGAGGUUUCCUCAGGUAGGUCCCUGUCACAAGGCAUCAACAGCAUUGGGUUUGAAGGCGUGUGAUUGGGUUCCUAAACUUGAAGAUGUUGCGAAAUGCAUUGGGGUGCUGCUGGAUGAGAAUUACUCUGCAUUGGUGUUGCAUCUGGAGUUUCACGACGAGCUGAGAUCUAUAAACGAAGUGGUUGCAUCCUUGACCUUGGAAGCAAGGUUCUGCUGUUCUGUGGCCAGUGCAGCUGAUACGUUGAAGGCUGAAGUUUAAGGCCACUGUGCUUCAUCAAUGUUCUUUUUGAAUUGUACUAUGGAAUUUUUUUACAGAAUGAAUUGCAGUAACUAUAAAGUUCUAAUGUUCAUGAUUCUUUUGUUGGUGUG